UCUUGCGGGCAGGAAAUGAGACCCGAAAUUAGAACUGGGGAAGCCCUUGGCCUUCCGGCCCCCAGCCGGCUCGUGUGUCUUAGCUCGGGUGAACUCUAACCUUAGACAGAUCAGCUUGCAGCUGGCGCGUUGAAGACGCCAGGUUGCAUUUUGCUUGCAGGGUGUAAGGCAGGCGAGGAGAGGGGAACCUCGUCCCUGACCGCGGCCGCUGCUGAAGGAGGCCCGGGGCGGGGAGGCCUGAGAAACAGGUCCACGCCUGGUCUGUGACGAGUGCCCUUCUCUUCCAGGUCCCUGACAGCAGCCCCUCCGUGUCCGGCCGCUGAGUGCUGUCCCCUCCUGCCGUUACUUCUAAGCGACAUUUUAAAGCGAUGUGAAAAUCCAUUGUGAGAAGAUGGAGAAGUACGAAAAAAUCGGGAAAAUCGGAGAAGGAUCCUAUGGAGUUGUUUUCAAAUGCAGAAACAGGGACACGGGGCAGAUCGUGGCCAUCAAGAAGUUUCUGGAAUCAGAGGACGACCCUGUCAUCAAGAAAAUCGCCCUUCGAGAGAUCCGCAUGCUCAAGCAACUCAAGCACCCUAACCUGGUCAACCUGCUGGAGGUCUUCAGGAAAAAGCGGAGGCUACACCUGGUGUUUGAGUAUUGUGACCGCACAGUGCUGCAUGAGCUGGACAGGUACCAGAGAGGGGCACCAGAACAUCUCGUGAAGAGUAUAACUUGGCAGACGCUGCAAGCUGUAAAUUUUUGCCAUAAACACAGUUGCAUACAUAGAGAUGUGAAGCCAGAAAAUAUCCUGAUCACAAAACAGUCAGUGAUUAAACUUUGUGACUUUGGAUUUGCUCGGCUUUUGACUGGACCGAGCGACUACUACACAGACUAUGUGGCUACCAGGUGGUACCGCUCCCCGGAACUGCUGGUGGGGGACACACAAUAUGGCUCCCCAGUAGAUGUCUGGGCAGUUGGCUGUGUCUUUGCCGAGCUGCUGUCAGGAGUGCCUCUGUGGCCAGGAAAAUCAGAUGUGGACCAGCUUUAUCUGAUUAGGAAAACCUUGGGGGACCUCAUUACUAGACACCAGCAAGUAUUUAGCACGAAUCAGUACUUCAGUGGGGUGAAAAUCCCAGACCCUGAAGAUAUGGAACCACUUGAGUUAAAAUUUCCAAACAUCUCCUAUCCUGCCCUGGGACUCUUAAAGGGCUGCCUGCACAUGGACCCUGGCGAGAGACUGACAUGCGAACAGCUGUUGCAGCACCCAUAUUUUGACAGCAUCAGAGAAGUAAGGGGGGUGACAAAAGAACAUGACAAACCAACAAGGAAGACCCUAAGACAGAGCCAAAAGCACCUGCCUGGGUUGCAGUACCUGCCUCAGCUAACUAGCAGCAGAAUCCUUCCAGCUUUGGAUAAUAAGAAGUACUACUAUAAUACCACGAAGUUUAACUACCGUUUCCCAAACAUUUAAGGAGUUAGGAGAUUGAUGAUGAAGGAAGAAUUGAUCAAUAACUUGAAGAAAAUAAAACUGACCCAUUUAAUUGAAAACAAUUACAGUGUUGAAAACAUAACUAACUGGGAGACCACUUGGCAAAAUAUGAAGGGAAAUUCCAGAUCCAGUCUUCCAUGCAUGGUACAGAAUAGAAAGGAAAGACCUGUUUGGAAUUUCACUAGUAAUUUUAUCAAAGCAGCUGAGCUAUGGGUAGAAUAUAAACUACAUCUACUGCCCAUUCCUCUUGCAAAAUGAGAUGAUGUUAAAAAGAUUUAUGCUGCACUUGUGUUCUAUGCCACAUGUGAAAAAUGGAUCACACAAUACCCAGAUGUUUCCUUGGAUCUCUGUUGCCUUAAGGGCUGUCUCCUGACUUUCAGCUUGUUUCAACAUUAUCUUGAAGGAGAGUUUUAGUUCUUAAAAUCAAAAUGUUUAAAAUUCCAUUUUCUGCUUGCUCUGUCUCUUGAUUUUUUAAAUUUUAAAACAUUUUUGGGAUAUAUGAAUUGUUGGCCAUAUCUAAAAUCAUACUGAUUAUCAUAGAAAGACUUUGUAAUAUGCUUAAUAGUUGAUGUUUAUGCAUGUCUUAUAUACAUUUUUGUUUUAACCUUUAGUAAAGCAUGCAUCUUAUUUUUGCAUGCCAGACAUAUUUACUGUAAUCUGUCUAUACUUGUUCACCCAGUUCCUCUUGCAAAUGAUGGCAUGAAGGUUGGCACCCAACCAAAGUGGUCAAAGGGUAGAACAAGACGUGCAGGCUUCAUGCGAACUGAGUCUGUCAGCUUGAAAGUAAUUAGGACUUCAUUCUCUCUAGCUCAGCCUCUGACACGCAGACAGAGCUAUAGGUAGAACUGCAUAUGGUGAUCUGGGUUUUAGAGGAACUGGUUGUAAACGUUACUUGACUCAUGAAAGAUGUUAGGUUAACUGAUUUUUCCUGAAACGUCUUUUUGUACUACAGUGUCUGUAUGUGUAUGUAUGUACAUAUGUAGUUAUACAUGUGUAUAAUGUGCUAUCUUAACAACUAAUACAACUAGUAAGAACAAAUGAUAAGUGUUGAGGGUUUCUAGCGUUGUACAGUGAGAUGUGAAAUAAUUUGCUUUGCUUUGGUCUACUGCUCCUAAACAAAAACAUUUUUUAAAAAAAAAACAAAACUUUUUUAUACUGGCCCUUGCACACAGGGCCAUAUGAAGCCCCAUCUCUUCCUUGCAGCCCAGCACCACUUCUGGUUGACGUGCUGGCCCUACUUCCUAGCAGUUCUUAGCCAUGGUUUUCAAAGUUGUGUUUUAUGGUAUCUUCAAAACACUUCUUCUGCACUCUUACUGUCUUCCUGUGCUAAUUUCCUUCAUGAUCGCACUUGAGCCCAUUCAUUUACUGCUAACUGAUCUACUAAAUUCUGUCAUCUGUUCAGUAAUCUGGGCUCACCAGCUAUAUUCUGAGGCUUUCUAAUGGUUGUAUUAGUGGGUAAAAUAAUCAGCCCAGUAUCAUUCAAUUCCUGUUAGAUAGCCUUGAUUCAAAUGACAUGGAAGGGUAUCCAACUUCCAUGACUAGUUAAAAAUGUUGUCUUUCUUGUUUCCUUUAGUCCAUGAAAAUGUAUUUGACGGAGGAAGAUGACUGUAACUGCCUGAUUCAUCCAACAGUUUUAUAGAAAACCAUCCACAAUAGAAUAGUAGCUCUGGACUAAAUUGUAAAGAAUCAGUUGUUUCACCACACAGUAAUGAUAUCAAUGUGAAAAAAGGCUCAUUUUUCUCUAAUUCUAAUAAAUUUAUGCUUGUGCUCAAUUUAUCAAUGUCACUUUUUCCUGCAGCACAGAAUCACCAUUGUAUCACACAAAACUGGUUCUAUAUCCUUGUCUUUAUUUUUUAUAUACUAUUUUCUGAUUUUUAAAUGACAAUGGUAAUUAUAUUAGUAAAUAGGAUACCAUUUAUGGGAUGUACUAUUUACAUAAGGUGGUUCAUUUUAUUUCCCUCAUAAAACAUGGGUGAAUAUUUCCCCGUAUGCUUAGUUCUAAACAUCACUAAAAUUCAUUUUUCUGCCUGAAAGCUAUAUCAUAGAAAAUGUUUAUUUUAAACCAUUUCCAGUAAAGUUUAUUUUCAGUAGUUUAAUGUUAAAACCAAAUAUGCAGAAAUUCACAAAUAAAUCAGCAUAUAGCCAACAAUAAUAGAAUCAGAACUGUUUCAAGUACAUAAAAAUAAAGACUUGUUUUUAUUUAUUUAUAUCAUGCUUUAUUACUGUUUUCUAGACAUAAAUUGAGUUUUGUGUUUAUACUUGUAUUUAAUGUCCCUUCAGUUCAUAGAAGGCAGCACCCAAGAUAUUAAGGGAAGAAAAAUUAGUUCCUAUUGAUACAUUAAAAUUUUACUAAAAGCAAA